UUUGGCACAUAUCAGCCACGCACCUUGUCUACAAAACCACGAUAAAAUUCUCAGUUUCUAUUUACCUGACGCCACCUUUUAAACUGUUUUAAACAAGAAGCCGUUGGUGAUCGAUUUUCUUUGCAGUGCAGUGUCCAGGAUACACCGAGGUGGACACCAUAACUCCGGCAUGUGCAAGCUUACCAAAGGAAGUUUUCAACGAAUCAGUCAAAUUUUACUCUGGAUUUUUGGAAUAGCCCUUUCAUUCAGCCAAGGUCAAGAUGUUGAUUGGCCAAGUGGAAGCUAUGGUCUUCCCAAACCCAAGUCAGGAUGCCCAAUUAGUAAAACGAGUGUAUGGAGUGUAGGAUGGAGGUUUCAGGACAUGGAAGAUAAUAGUCCGUCAGUUUCGCGUCCCGGACUGUCCGAUGAUUCACAUUUUGACAACCAAAUUAUUGGAGAAGAGAGAGAUAUAAACAGGACUUUCUGUAUGAAACAAAGUUCAAGUGGAGUAGGAACAGAUUCCUGGCCUAAUGGUGAAUAUUGUAUUUAUAAGAGUGGGGUUGGAGCGUGUCCGAAAAAUAUGUUGUCCGGUUGGGUGUAUUGGGAUGAUGAAGAUUAUCGUAACCAAAAUAAAAGAGGAGGAUCGCUGCCCCAAGACUAA